GUGUCUCCCUCUCUUUCUCUCUCUCUCUCUCUAACUAUCCCUUUCUAUCUCUAUCUGUGUCUCACUCUCUCUUUCUAUCGAUCUGUGUAUCUAUCAUCUAUCCCUUUUCUAUCUCUCUCUUUCUAGCUAUCUGUGUCUCCCUCUCUUUCUCUCUCUCUCUCUCUAACUAUCCCUUUCUAUCUCUAUCUGUGUCUCACUCUCUCUUUCUAUCGAUCUGUGUAUCUAUCAUCUAUCUCUUUUCUAUCUCUAUCUCUCUAGCUAUCUGUGUGUCUCCCUCUCUUUCUCUCUCUCUCUCUCAAUCUGUCCCUUUUUUAUCUCUCUUUCUGUCUGUGUGUCUUUCUUUCUAUCUGUGUCUGUGAAUCUAUCAUCUAUCUAUCUCUUUCUCUCGCUAUCUCUAUCUAUCCAUCUAACCAUCCAUCCAUCUAUCCCUUCUAUCUCUCUCUGUGUAUCUAUCAUUUAUCUAUUUCUAUCUCUUUCUCUAGCUAUCUGUGUCUCUCUCUUUCUAUCUCUCAUUCUGUUUCCAUCUAUCUAUCUAUCCAUCUAUCCCUUUCUAUCUCUCUCUCUGUGUCUCUUUCUUUCUAUCUGUCUCUGUGUAUCUAUCAUCUAUCUCAUUCUCUCUCUCUUUCUAUCUCUCUCUCUCUCUCUCUCUCUCUCUCUAUCUAUCUAUCUGACCAUCCAUCCAUCCAUCUAUCCCUUUCUGUUUCUCUGUGUCUCUUUCUUUCUGUCUCUGUGUAUCGAUCAUUUAUCUCUUUCUAUCUCGUUCUCUAGCUAUCUCUCUCUUUCUAUCUUUCUAUCUCCAUCUAUCUGUCUAUCCAUCCAUCUAUCCCUUUCUGUCUCUCUGUUUCUUUCUUUCUGUCUCUGUGUAUCGAUAAUUUAUCUUUCUAUCUCGCUCUCUAGCUAUCUGUCUCUCUUUCUAUCUUUCUAUCUCCAUCUAUCUAUCCAUCUUCUAUCUCUCUCUUUGUGUGUCUCUUUCUUUCUAUGUCUCUUUAUAUCUAUCAUCUAUCUUUUUCUCUCUCUCUUUCUAUUUACCUAUCUCUGUCUAUUUAUCUUGCUCUUUUCUAUCUCUUUCUCUAGCUAUCUCUCUUUCUAUCUCUCUUUAUCUAUCUAUCUAUCUAUCUAUCUAGCUAUCUAUCCAUCCAUCUAUCCAUCUAUCCCUUUCUAUCUCUCUAUCUGUGUGUCUCUUUCUUUCUAUCUGUCUCUGUGUAUCUAUCAUCUAUCUCUUUCUCUCUAUCUCUGUCUAUCUCUCUCUCUUUCUGUCUCUUUCUCUAGCUAUCUCUGUGUCUCUCUCUUUCUAUCUUUCUAUAUCUAUCUAUCUAUCUAUCUAUCUAUCUAUCUAUCUAUCUAUCUAUCUAUCUAUCCAUCCAUCUAGCUAAACAUCCAUCCAUCUAUCCCCUUCUCUCUCUCUCUAUCUGUGUGUCUCUUCCUUUCUAUCUGUCUGUGUAUAUCUAUCAUUUCUCUCUCUCUCUCUCUGGCUCUUUCCACACAGCUGUAUAAAAUCCCGCAUUAUUUGCUUUGAACUGCUUUAUAUGUGGACUCAGAUAACCCAGUUCAAAGCAGAUAUUGUGGGGUUUUCUGCCUUGAUAAUCUGGGUUAUAUGGCUGUGUGGAAGGCCCUCUCUCUCCAUCUCUUUCUCUCUCUGUAUCUAUUUCUCUAUCUGUGUAUCUCUUUCUCUGUGUGUGUGUUUGUGUAUGUUUAUAUCUGUGUAUAUACACUCUGUGUAUCAAUCUAUCAAUCUGUGCCUCUAUCUAUCUGUGUCUCUAUUUUUCUAUCUAUGUAUCUAUCAAUCUGUUUAUCUAUGUAUCUAUCUGUGUGUGUAUCUAUCUGUUUUUCUAUGUAUGUAUGUAUCUAUCUAUCAAUCUGUUCAUCUCUCUAUGUAUGUAUCUGUGUUUCUAUCUAUUUUUCUAUCUAUCUAUUUAUAUCUGUGUAUUUCUCUCUCUCUCUCUCGCUUGUCUGUGGAUCUACCUACCAAUCAAUCAAUCAAUCAAUCAAUCAACCAAUCUGUGCAUCUAUCACUCUAUUUAUCUUUCUGUGUAUAUAUUUCUCUCUCUCUCUAUUUAUUUGUGUAUCAAUCUAUCAAUCUAUGUAUGUACUAGCUGUGCCCGGCCUUGCGUUGCUGUGGCGAAGUCUGGUGGUAUGGGAAAUAAAGUAUUGAGGAAUUGUUGGUAGUUAAGGUGGUGCAGCGGAUCAAAGCGGUGGAAACGGAGACCUGCUUGUUGGUGGUGGACAAAGAGACGGACGAGUUCCUCCGGAGCCAGCAACUGACCUGCACGGAGGAGAUGGCGCGGACGGGCCUGGCGGUGGGCGGCCAAAGCCCGGGGCUCCAGCCGCCCGGCGGUCAUAGCAACGCCCCAGACUGGACGCCCCAAGCUGACCCCGGCGGGAGGCACCUCAAGAGGCACAAGCUCAGCUCCAGCUCGGAAAACAGCCGGAAGGUCAGGGAUCUGAAUGGAGCGGCCAAGGAGGCCUUGUGUCCGCGGCUCUGCCUCCUCCGGAAGGGCCCCAACGGCUACGGGUUCAACCUACACAGCGAGAAGUCCAAGCCUGGGCAGUUCAUCCGGUCGGUGGAUCCGGACUCACCGGCGUUCAAGGCGGGACUCCGGCCACAGGACAAACUUGUGGAGGUCAAUGGCAUCAACGUGGAGGGACUGAAGCACGCGGAGGUGGUGUCGCACAUCAAGUCCAAGGAGAGCGAAGCCCGGCUUUUGGUCGUGGAUCCGGAGACGGAGGAGCAUUUCAAGGCGCUGGGCCUGGUCCCAACGGAGGAACACGCCCGUGGUGGUGUUGCCUUGCCGGUGAGCAACGGAUCUGCCCAAACGCAGCUGAAUGGAGGAUCCAUGUCUUCAUCCCACAGCGAUUGCCAAAGUCCUGAGAAGGAGACGGAGCCCCGAAAGAGAGAUCCCUUCGAGGAGAGCGGCUUGAGCCUGAGCCCGACGGCCGCCGAGGCCAAAGAGAAGGUCCGGGCCAAGCGGGUCAACAAGCGGGCCCCGCAGAUGGACUGGAACAAGAAGAGGGAGAUCUUCAGCAACUUCUGAGCUCAGCUCUUGGCCUCUUCUUCCUCCGGCCACGGGGACACUGGCAACGGGUGCGGAUCAUGCCCAGACCCCCCUCCAGGACUCAUUGCCCCCUCCUUCCCCUUCUCGUAGGCUUGCAUUGCUUCGUAGCAGGCAGAUGUCUCAUU